CUUACAAACAAUGGUUCUAUAACAUUUUUUCACAUCCCUUAUACGAGUUCCGUAGGCAGAACCAUCAGAUAGAACCAUAUCCCUUUCAACAAGCACUGCAAAAAGCUGUAUUAUUAAAAAGAGCAAAGCGUCCAGUUGCCGGCAACAAACAGAGCAAACGCAGAAGGCAAAAGACGAACCUCCGCCGCCGCCGCCGCAGCAGCUCACCGACUGCGUUUUCCCUCGCGCAAAAGCGUAUCGCUGCAUUCUGUUGUUUGGGUAAUGUAGUCGUAAAGAUAAAGUUGUGUACUUGCUUCUUAUUCUGCCGUAGCCAGGGGGCCAUAUUCGCUGCUCAGUCGCGUGGCUGCUUUUGCUCCCUCUUUCGGCCAGAUACUGAAGUCGAGUUUUUGGCAAUCUAUACUGCCCAUUAAAAUCUGAAUCGUGUCGCGUAUUCUUCUCUGUUUUCGUUACAGCAGCAGCUAACUAUGGCCAAGUUGCGGGCUCUUGUCCUUCUUCUUCUCGCCGUUUUAGCUUCUUCCACAGCCGCCAGGUUGAUUUCCAGGACGAACAAAGAUGGAUCGGAAGCCUGGGGUUAUGAAAAUGUCCGACCCAAAGCUCAUAUGUUCUGGUGGCUGUACAAGAGUCCGUACAGAGUUGAAGAUCCAUCAAAGCCAUGGCCAACCAUUCUCUGGCUCCAAGGAGGACCCGGAGCUUCAGGAGUAGCGAUUGGGAAUUUCCAGGAAGUCGGCUCGCUGGACACCAAUCUCAAGCCCAGGAACUCAACCUGGCUCGGCGUGGCCGAUCUGCUCUUCGUGGAUUCGCCGGUGGGGACAGGUUACAGUUUCGUGGAAGAAAAUGAGGCACUGGUGAAGACCGACGUCGAAGCAGCCUCCGAUUUGACGGUGCUGUUACAGAACUUAUAUAACAGAGACGAGAAGCUACAGCAGAGUCCUCUGUACAUCGUGGCGGAAUCCUACGGCGGCAAAUUCGCCGUCACGUUGGGAUUGUCUGCACUGAAAGCCAUUGAGGCCGGGAAGCUGAAGGCCAAGCUUGGUGGAAUAGCGCUGGGAGACAGCUGGAUUUCCCCUGAAGAUUUCGUGCUCUCUUGGGGUCCCCUAUUGGGCUCUGUUUCUCGACUCGACACCAAUGGCGUCAAAUUGGUCAACAAAUUGGCAGAGGGGAUAAAGCAGCAGAUCAGCGAGGGGAAGUACUUGGAAGCGACGGAUUCAUGGGGUCGUCUAGAAGAGGUGGUUUCUGAUUACUCCAACAAUGUGGAUUUCUACAAUUUCAUGCUGGAUUCCGAUAUGGAUCCGGUGUCGAUGAUGACAACAACGACGACUGCAGCUACGACGACGACGGCGGAGCUUCUGCUGGGGAGGACGAGGAGGAGCUAUGCCAGAUAUCUGAGCUCGCUGGGGGAAGAUGGAGUCGACAUUGAAACCUUAAUGAAUGGUGUCAUCAAGAAGAAGCUUGGGAUCAUCCCUGAAAAGCUUCAAUGGGGAGAGCAGUCGGGGUCUGUUUUCAAUAGUAUGGCUGCUGAUUUUAUGAACCCUAGGAUUAACGAGGUGGAUCAACUUUUGGCCAAAGGUGUCAAUGUGACUAUAUAUAAUGGCCAGCUGGAUGUAAUCUGUGCAACAAAAGGGACAGAGGCAUGGGUUCAGAAGCUCAAGUGGAAAGGGCUUUCUAACUUCACAGCAACGAGGAGAACUGCUCUGUACUGCGGCGAAGGGGGAACGAAAGGGUUCUUCAAAUCCUACAAGAACCUUCACUUCUAUUGGAUCCUUGGAGCCGGCCAUUUCAUUCCAGUGGACCAACCUUGUGUUGCACUGAACAUGGCUCGUGAGAUUACGCAGUCGCCGGCCUCUCCUGUGCUCGGAGAUGGAGUCCCAAUCCGCACUCUGUAGGGGGAAGUGAUGGUAUCUUGCAGAGGGGGAGACAAAAUGUAGAUAAGAAGAUGAGAACUUCCAAGAGGGGGAAGAUGAAGAAGCUGAUAACAGCACUCAGGAGGAUUAAUGCAGAAGGUUCGAUUAUUUUGAAACAUAAUACAAUGGAGGUGCAUGCCCUUCAAUUCUUGAAUAGAAUAGCCACUCAUCAGAUUGCUUCUUCUAUGGAUUAAUCAUUCGUUAAGGAUUCAAAAUUCGCUACAAAACAUGCUCUUUUUGGUCUUAGUUAAUACAAAGGCAAGCGGACAUUUCGUACCCACUAAUUCUGUCUCACAUCACAAAUGCACAUUCGUUAAGGAUUCAAAAUUCGCUACAGAACAUGCUCUUUUUGCUCUUGGUUAAUACAAAGGCAAGCCGACA